AUGCAGACAUUCAGGGAAGUGCGUAAGAAGAGACACCCAGAGGUUCCCGUCAAUUUUGCAGAGUUUUCCAAGAAGUGCUUUGAGAGGUUGAAGACAAUGUCUAGCAAAGAGAAAUCAAAACUUGAUGAAAAGGCCAAGAUGGAUAAAGUGCGCUAUGAUCCGGAGAUGAAAGAUUAUGGGCCAACUAAAGGAAGCAAAAGGAAGAAGGACCCGAAUGCCCCCCAAAAGACUUCCGUCAAGAUUUUUUUCUUAUUCUGCUCCGAAUUCCACCCCAAGAUCGAAUCCACAAACCCUGGUAUCUCCAUUGGAGAUGUGGCCAAAAAGCUGGGUGAGAUGUGGAAUAACUUAAGCGACAGUGAAAAGCAGCCUUACGUUACCAAGGCAGCAAAGCUGAGGGCGAAGUAUGAGAAGGAUGCUGCUGACUCUAAGUCUAAAGGGAAGUUUGAUGGAGCCAAGGGUGCUGCUAAAGUUGCCCGGUAA